GGCUUCCGCUCGCAGUCGUGGUCGCGGGGCUCGGGCAGCACCGUGUCCUCGUCCUACAAACGGCCCGGCCUGAGCGCCGCCCGCGCCGCCUAUGGCUCCGCGCUGCUCAGCUCCUCCGAGAGCCUGGACCUGAGCCAGGCCUCGCUGCUCAACGGCACGGGCGACUUCAAGCUGAGCCGCUCCAACGAGAAGGAGCAGCUGCAGGGGCUGAACGACCGCUUCGCCGGCUACAUCGAGAAGGUGCACGGCCUGGAGCAGCAGAACAAGGAGCUGGAGGCGGAGAUCGCGGCGCUGCGCCAGAGGCAGGCGGGUCGCACGCAGCUCGGCGACGCCUACGAGCAGGAGCUGCGGGAGCUGCGCUGCGCCCUGGAGCAGGUGAACCACGAGAAGUCGCAGAUCCAGCUGGACUCGGACCACAUCGAGGAGGACAUCCAGCGGCUCAAGGAGCGCUUCGACGACGAGGCCCGCCUGCGCGAUGAGACGGAGGCUGCCAUCCGCGCCCUGCGCAAGGACGUCGAGGAGGCCUCGCUGGUCAAGGUGGAGCUGGACAAGAAGGUGCAGUCGCUGCAGGAUGAGGUGGCUUUCCUGCGCGGCAACCACGAGGAGGAGGUGGCCGAGCUGCUCGCCCAGAUCCAGGCGUCCCACGUGGCGGUGGAGAGGAAGGACUACCUGAAGACCGACCUCACCACGGCGCUCAAGGAGAUCCGGGCGCAGCUGGAGUGCCACUCCGACCAGAACAUGCACCAGGCCGAGGAGUGGUUCAAGUGCCGCUACGCCAAGCUCACCGAGGCGGCCGAGCACAACAAGGAGGCCAUCCGCUCCGCCAAGGAGGAGAUCUCCGAGUACCGGCGGCAGCUGCAGAGCAAGAGCAUCGAGCUGGAGUCGGUGCGGGGCACCAAGGAGUCCCUGGAGCGGCAGCUCAGCGACAUCGAGGAGCGCCACAGCGGCGACCUCUCCACCUACCAGGACACAAUUCAUCAGUUGGAAAAUGAGCUUAGAGGUACAAAAUGGGAAAUGGCACGUCAUUUGAGGGAAUACCAGGAUCUCCUCAAUGUCAAGAUGGCUCUGGAUAUUGAAAUCGCUGCAUAUAGGAAACUACUAGAGGGUGAAGAAACAAGAUUCAGUGCCUUCGCUGGAAGCAUUACUGGGCCCACAUUUACACACAGGCAACCAUCAGUCACAAUAUCCUCUACUAAAAUACAGAAAUCAAAAGCUGAACCACCAAAGCUAAAGGUCCAGCACAAGUUUGUAGAAGAAAUCAUUGAAGAGACAAAAGUUGAGGAUGAAAAGUCAGAAAUGGAUGAUGCCCUGGCAGCCAUUGCAGAGGAGCUGGCAGCCAAGCAGGUAGAAGAGAAGGAGGAAGAAAAGGCAGAAGAGGGAGAAGCAGUAGAAGAGGAAAUUGUGGCUGAGGAGAAAGCUCCAGUGGAAGCAGCUGCACCUGAAGGUGAAGAAGAAGGCGAGAAGGAGGAAGAAGCAGAGGAGGAGGAAGAAGCUGGAAAAUCUGAUGAAGCAGAAGAAGGAGGUUCUGAAAAAGAAGAAAUAGAGGGUGAGGAAGGUGAGGCAGGAGAAGCUGAGGUUGAGGCGAAGGAAGAGGCAGAGGAGGCUGUAGCAAAAGAGAAGGUGGAGAAAGUGAAAACAUCCCCACCAAAGUCACCCCCUAAAUCUCCUGUAGCAGAAGCAGCUAAGGAAGAACUGAAGGAAGCAGAAAGAGAAAGUGAAGAGAAAAAAGAUGAAAAAGAAGGUGAAGAGGAGGAAGCCAAGGAAGAGGAGAAGGCAGGAUCCCCGGAGAAGGCAGGGUCCCCGGAGAAGCCAGCUACGCCAGAGAAGGCAGGGUCCCCGGAGAAGCCAGCUACGCCAGAGAAGGCAGGGUCCCCGGAGAAGCCGGCUACUCCAGAGAAGGCAGGGUCCCCGGACAAGCCAGCUACUCCAGAGAAGCCAGCUACUCCGGACAAGCCAACUACUCCAGAGAAGGCAGGGUCCCCAGAGAAGCCAGCCACUCCAGUGAAAGAAGAACAGUCAGUGGUGGAAGAGACAGUUUCAGUCACAAAGUCAACAAAAGUGAGUGCAGAGAAAGAGUCUAAAGAAGAAAAAGUGAGCAGCAAAGAAGAGGAAAGCGAUAAGGUGUCCAAAGGGUCCACAAAAGAAGACAUUGCAGUGAAUGGAGAGGUAGAAGAGAAAACGGAGGAAUUCAAAGAAAAGGAAGUUGAGGAGGAAGAUAAGGGAGUGGUCACCAACGGCCUGGAUGUGAGCCCAACUGAAGAGAAGAAAGAGAAGGGUGAUGAGAAAAUUGUGGUAACAAAAAAGGUAGAGAAAAUCACUAGUGAAGGUGGAGAUGGCACAACCAAAUACAUUACAAAGUCUGUGACAGUCACCCAGAAGGUGGAGGAACAUGAAGAAACCUUUGAGGAGAAAUUGGUGUCCACUAAGAAGGUAGAGAAAGUCACUUCACAUGCCGUAGUAAAAGAAGUAAAAGGGGGUGACUAAAAGUAAUAGUUAAAAAAAAAUUAAAAGAGCUUAGGUCGGUGCAAAAGGUUAAGCCAUAUGACAGCUGCAAAAUGCAUGCGAGUGACGGCUUUAAAGCAGAAUGGGUUCUCUCAUGGAGGCUCCAGACACACUUAUUUAAUUUUUUUUUUCUUCUUUCUUUCUCUUUUUUUAUUUUAUUUUUUUUAUUUUUUUGUGCAAUACUUGGGGGAGGGUGGGAAUGCAUGCAAGUUCGAGAUGUGCUCCCUCCACAGAACUUGGGGAAUUAAAACAAAACAAAAGAAAAAAAAAUGAAUGCAUGAGAUGAAAUGUCCAAAGAAACUCUUGAAUUUCCUGAGCUGUCAGAGGGACACAUCUAAGGAACAUCUUAAGAUGUAUUAUGCAAAGAACCAACUGAGCCAAAAACAAAUAAUAACAACAACAACAAUAAUAAUAAUAAUAAUAAUUAUGAAAUAAUGGUGGCUCUCCUAGCCUUAAAAAAGCUACUUAUUAAUAAUUAUGUUUACCUCACUGGUGCAAUUAAGAUGGACUUUUGUUCAUGGGAGAACCUAGUUGACAUGCACAGUAUACAACCUUUUGUUGUUCGAUGUAAAACCGUCACAGCAGUUCUUGCUCAAUAAAGGUCAAUACUGGAAA